CGGGGAAGCCCGCAAAGCAACCGCUUGGUUUAACGGAUUCAGAGAAACAGCGAAGACAGUAAACAGUUGAUGAGUGAAUUCGGUAGUGUGAUCCGGGCAAGAUGAUGGUGGAUCUGAGCUCCUUCUCCGAUGAGAAGUUCGACCCCAAGCAAUGGAUAAACGGGGCGUGCCAGUCGCGGCACCCGCAGGACCCGCUGGACAAGCACCUGGUGGAUCUGGAAAUGAAGCUCCAGAUGGCGUCGGAGGAGAUCGCCGUCUCCCUCGAGGAGCUCAGCGCAUCUGCUCUCCACCGCGUCCCCCGCGCCACGCGUGACGUUAUCCGACUCCGCGAUGACGCCCUCUCGCUCCGCUCCUCCGUCUCUUCCAUCCUCCAAAAACUCAGAAAGGCAGAGGGAUCAUCUGCAGAGUCCGUAGCUACACUAGCAAAAGUCGAUACUGUCAAGCGAAGAAUGGAAGCUGCUUACGAGACAUUGCAGGAUGCAGCUGGUUUGACUCAAUUAAGCUCAACUGUGGAGGAUGUAUUUUCGAGUGGUGAUCUUCCACGUGCUGCAGAGACACUGGCAAACAUGAGGCACUGCUUGUCUGCUGUUGGUGAGGUUGCUGAAUUUGCUAAUAUUAGGAAACAACUUGAAGUUUUAGAAGAUAGACUAGACUCGAUGGUGCAACCUCGCUUGACAGAUGCAUUAAGCAAUCGGAAGGUUGAUGUUGCCCAAGAAAUGAGGAGUAUUCUCAAUAGAAUUGGGAGAUUCAAGUCAUUAGAACUGCAAUACUCAAAGGUCCACCUCAAGCCUAUAAAACAUCUUUGGGAAGAUUUUGAGUUGAGGCAACAGGCAAAUAAGGUUUCAAAUGAGAAGAAUGAAGUAGAAAGGCUCUCAAGUGCUAAUGAGUUGCAACUGAAUUCAUCUCCGAUUUCAUUUUCACGUUGGCUUCCCAGUUUUUAUGAUGAAUUGCUGCUUUAUCUUGAACAGGAGUGGAAAUGGUGUGUGCUUGCUUUUCCAGAAGAAUAUAAAACACUUGUUCCAAAUCUAGUAAUUGAAACAAUGUCAGCUAUUGGUUCAAGCUUUGUAUCAUCUAUCAACCUGGCUGCUGGGGAGGCUGUCCCCGAGACAAAAACAUUGGCCAAAGGUAUCAUAGACAUCUCAACUGGAGAUUUGUCAAAAGGUGUCAAGGUCCAAACCAAACAUCUGGAUGCCUUAAUUGAACUUCACAAUACAACAGGGAGUUUCGCUAGGAAUAUCCAACACCUAUUCUCAGACGCUGACCUUCAAGUUAUGUUGGAUGUUUUGAAAGCCAUAUACCAUCCUUUUGAAUCAUUUAAACGACGGUAUGGGCAGAUGGAGCGUGCCGUUCUCUCUGGUGAGAUUGCAGGACUUGACCUCAGAGGAGCUGCCAUCACUCUUGUUGGGGUUCAGGGAGUUGAACUUAGUGAAACAGUUCGAAGGAUGGAAGAGUCUAUCCCACAAAUCAUUUUACUUCUUGAAGCUGCUGUAGAGAGAUGCAUUAAUUUCACUGGUGGUUCUGAGGCGGAUGAGCUUAUUCUUGCUCUGGAUGAUGUUAUGCUACAGUACAUUUCCACUCUGCAGGAUAAUUUAAAAUCACUAAGAGCUGUGUGUGGAUUGGAUGCUGAUGCUGUUGGUUCAAAGAAAGAAAUGGGAUCUGACAGGAGGGAAGGAGCUUCCAACUCACGCAAGGUUGACUUCAUGUCAAAUGAGGAGGAAUGGUCAUUUGUCCAAGGUGCAUUGCAAAUUCUCACGGUUGCUGAUUGUUUAACCAGCAGAUCAUCUGUCUUUGAAGCUUCCCUCAAGGCUACCCUUGCCAGAUUGAGUACAAAUUUAUCUUUUUCGGUAUUUGGUUCAAGUCUUGAUCAGAACCACUCACAUGCGGCCAAUGAUGAUGGAAGUGGACAGGUAGCUGUGACCGGAAGGGCUGCCUUGGAUGUGGCAUCUGUGAGGCUUGUUGGUGUUCCUGAAAAAGCUCGGAAACUUCUUAAUCUAUUGGAGCAGUCUAAGGAUCCCCGGUUUCAUGCACUUCCAGUUGCUUCUCAACGGGUUACGUCUUUUGCAGAUGCUGUUAAUGAGCUUGUUUAUGAUGUACUUAUAUCAAAAGUACGACAACACUUCAAUGAUUUAUCUCGUUUGCCUAUAUGGUCUUCUGUAGAAGAGCAUAGUGCUCGUCCCCUCCCAACAUUCAGUGCAUAUCCUCAGUCUUAUGUUACUAAUGUUGGUGAGUAUCUUCUGACGUUACCCCAACAAUUAGAGCCUCUUGCAGAGGGAAUUUCCAAUUCUGAUGCCAAUGCUGAUGAGGCCCAGUACUUUGCUACUGAAUGGAUGUUUAAGGUUGCAGAAGGUGCUACUGCUCUUUAUGUGGAUCAAUUGCGUGGCAUUCAGUAUAUCACCGAUCGUGGAGCGCAGCAACUCUCUGUUGAUAUUGAGUACUUAAGUAAUGUGCUUUCAGCUCUAUCGAUGCCCGUUCCUCCAGUUCUUGCCACCUUCCAUUCAUGUCUCUCAACUCCAAGAAGUCAGCUCAAGGAACUUGUAAAAUCUGAUUCUGGAAAUCAGCUUGAUCUACCCACUGCCAACCUUGUGUGCAAAAUGCGCCGUGUUAGUUUGGAGUAAUGGCACAAUGAUUGGAGCAUUCCUACUGUUCAGAGACCCUGUAAGGUUCACCCUUUCUGGGCCAGUAUACUUCGUUGGGUGUGUGGUUUAAGAAUUAUGUUACCCCGUAUCAUAUUCUGCUUGUGCUGGGGAAAAAGGGAGGAUAGGCUGGAAUUUUUUUUUCCCCAAUCAUGCAUUUUUGUUGUACUAUACGAAAUUGGUGUCAUGCAUCUUUCAUUGCAGAGAAAAUAUCCCCAUUUCUUUGACCCCUUUCCCCAUGGUUA